AUGAGCUGGCCAGCGAAUGUUGCCUCGUUCUGUGGCUGGCCGCUGCUGACGCUGCUGCUCUUGGGCUCCAUUGCUGGCAGCGAUGCCUUGAUGCACAAAUGGAAUAUCGUUCAGAAGAGCAUGCGCUAUAUGCAGGAGACGAUGCUGAGAAACAGUCUGGAGCGCGCUCAUCUCAACUAUGGCAUUGUCUUCUCCUGCCGCACCAUCUCCGAUCAGAACUUGGGCGAUGAAGUGCAUUUCCAUCUGCAGUUGGGCGACUUGAGCGGCUUUCGUCGCUUGGAUCGCAACAAGAAGUUGGCGCUCUUCUUGCACGGCUGGAACGAUCAGGGCAGCAAGGAUUGGGUGCAGGAGCUAUUGCUGACCUGGACGCUGUUCGAUGAGGGCUACAACGUGUGCGUGGUGGACUGGGGCAAUCUGUCGCAGAAUGAUUACAAAAGCGCAUCCAUGUCCAUAUUCGAUGUGGGACUGACUGUGGCGGGCAUUAUCAUAGCGCUGGAGGAGAUGCGUCCGCAGCAUUUUCACAGGCGCAACAUAACGCUCGCGGGCUAUAGCCUGGGCGCACAUGCGGCCGGCUAUGCGGGCACUGUGCUGGGCGGCGAGGUGGAGCAGAUUAUUGGCCUGGAUCCGGCGGGGCCGCUGUUUACGCUGCCCGCAGUGGUCUCGCCCAAGUAUCGCCUCGAUCCGACAGACGCGCAGUUCGUCCAGGUGCUGCACACCUCGGGCGGCACGCUCGGCACCAGCUUAAAGUGCGGCCAUGCUGACUUCUAUCCAAAUGGCGGACGUGCGCCCCAGCGCAAUUGCCUGAUGUUUAUGAAUCUGCGCGACAUGCAGAAUACGAAUCCCAUCGCCUGCAGUCACUCGUCGGCCGCCAUAUUCUUCAAGCAGUCCAUGGACCCCAAGUAUCCAUUUGUGGGCUAUCAAUGCGACAGCUAUCGCGACUUUAGCGCCGGUCGCUGUGACAAGAACCGUCGCGCCCGCUUCGGCAUUCACUCGCGGCGUCGCACUCAGGGCAGCUUCUACUUUGACACGGGCUCACAUCAGCCCUAUGUGGAUGCCAGCUGGGAUUGGCCCUGGAACUGGGGGCAGGCUCAGGACAGAGCCUGGCAGCUGGAGCGCGAGCGGGCCAUGUACGCCAGCCAACGCACUAGUGGCGCCCUCCAGCGGCAGCAGCAACGUGCGCACUGGCGUAGACGCAAUCGCGUGUCCGGCCGUACGGGCUGCUAA